AUGGAUAUGUACCAAGUGCUUGUGGGGCUGGAGAAAUGUCCGGAAAACUAUACCGAGGAGUAUGGGAGGCAACUCGAGCUGUUCAACUCCCUUGUAAAGCUUCCCAAGCAGCCUGGGAAGACUAUCCGCCAGACCCUCUCGUUUCUUCUUGCAUUUCCAAAUGUCGACAAAAGACUUCCGGAGAUUCUUAUUGCAAGCAUAGGAACCAUCAAAUGCCACAAGAUAAGGAGGAUUGUGGUUGAGAGUCUCUUCAGGCUUCGAAGGAAGGGGCUGAUAGAUGCUGGGCAGCUAUUCAAGAAUCUUCUGGAGCACCAUCCCGAUCCAAAGUCGAUCCUGAGGAGGGCGAAGGCCUUGGUCUCUUCUGAGGCCAUUCCGUGGAUUCUCGAGUACUAUGGAAAGGGGACUGACAAGCAAAGGAGCUUCUGCUACUAUUUGAUUGUGUAUCUAUUUACGAAGGGAUGCAGCAGUCUUGAGAAGGAGGUGUGUGGGGGGUUGUUUGCAGAUGGGAAGGUUGGGAAGAUCUGCAGGAUGUACUUUCUGGACCAGAUAGACUUCGAGGAGGAAGGAGAAAAGGCCAUGGAGCUUCUCAGUGCUGAGGGUGCAAGGUUUGGGAAGAUGCUGUUCAAGAGCCUCCAGGAGGGCAGGAUGGAGAGGGAGGAGAAGAUUACGAAAAUGAAGAUAUAUGUGCUGUUCAGGAACAGAUACAAUCUGAAAGCAUCUGUUGUGCGGAUGGCGAUGGAGAUGCUGAACCCUGAGAAGAGCGACAUCAAGGAUCUGAUGGAGAUUAUUGUUGAGGAGGUGGGGAGGCCUGAUGUUCUUCGUGUUAUUGAUGUUGUGGGGAAUGCGCUGUGCUCUGAGUUCAAGGACGACGACUUUGUUGUGUAUGGGCUGAACAUGCUAAGGGAGAUUUACUGCAAGUUUGAUCCGAAGGCAUUGAUGCUUAAGGGGGAGGAGGACAUGGAAGAAAGCGCCUCUGUCCUGGCCUCUGAUGGAGGGGAUGAUGAAGGAUGCGAGGGCAAGGAGAACAAGGAGGAUGGGAUUGUGGGGCAGAUGAGGGAGAGGAUUGGAAAGUACAUAGAGUGUUUCAAAGGAUCUAAGAACAAAGGGAUUUUCUAUGCAUACACCUCUGUUAUUAAUGUAAUGAGCCACAGGAAGUACUGUGGAAGGAAUCUCGAAUUUAUCCGGCGGAAGGCAAGCAAGGAGGAAAGGGUGGAGUCGAUGAAGAGCGGAAGAGCCUCAAAGGAGGAGUACUGUGGAGGGAAGCACUCCAAGAGGCGGAGGAUUAGCAGAAGAAAGAAGAAUGGUAAUAAAGCACCUUGA